AUGGGGGGCAACCAGACCUCUGUCACAGAGUUCCUCCUAGUGGGAUUCCCAGUCAGCCCAAGGAUGCGGGUGCUACUGUUUGGGAUCUUCUCUGUGUUCUAUGCCUUCACUCUGCUGGUCAACGGGGUCAUCCUGGGGCUCAUCUCACUGGACCCCCGACUGCACACCCCCAUGUACUUCUUCCUCUCCCACCUGGCCACUGUGGACAUAGCCUAUGCCUGCAACACGGUGCCCCAGAUGCUGGUCAACCUCCUGAGCCCAGCCCAGCCCAUCUCCUUUGCUGGCUGCCUGACACAGACCUUUCUCUUCUUGAUUUUUGCUCACACUGAAUGUAUCUUGCUUGUGGUGAUGUCCUACGACAGGUAUGUGGCCAUCUGCCUGCCCCUUCGGUAUUCUGCCAUCAUGAGCUGGAGAGUCUGCCUCACCCUGGCAGUGAUUUCCUGGAUUUCAGCAGUCCUCCUGUCCCUAGUACAACUGGUGUUCCUCUUACCAUUGCCCUUCUGUGGGCCCCAGAAAGUGAAUCACUUUUUCUGUGAGAUUCUAGCUGUUCUUAAACUUGCCUGUGCAGACACCCACCUUAACAAGGUUGUGGUUUUGGCUGGGGCAGCAUUUGUGCUGGUCGGACCACUGUCCGCAAUUGUGGUCUCCUACAGUUAUAUUCUGAGGACAGCCCUGAAGAUCCAGUCAGCAGAGGGGCGCCAGAAAGCUUUCUCCACCUGCUCCUCUCACCUCUGUGUGGUGGGGCUCUUUUAUGGCACAGCCAUUAUUAUGUAUGUUGUACCCCAACAUGGGGACCCCCAGGAGAAGAAGAAAUACGUCCUCCUGUUUCACAGCAUUUUCAAUCCCAUGCUGAAUCCCCUGAUCUACAGUCUGAGGAACAGAGAAGUCAAUGCUGCUCUGAGAAGGAGGCUGAAAAGGAGAGACCUUCCUGAGAGCCUCAGAGUCAAAAAGUAACUGAACUAACAGGGACCCAAGAAGUCACCUCACCUGAUACACAAAAUACUUAUAAAUGCUCUGGGCGUAGGGCAACCUGUACAUGUUCUUGAACUUCUCCCGUCACUAUCUCUGGAGAAAGCCCAUUUUGGUCGCUCCCUACAAGGAUGCUGCACAAGGA